AGAUACAAUGAUAAUUACUGAGAAAUUUUAAUUUUCUCAUAAGAAUCAUUUUAGUUUUCUCAUAAGAAGUGAAUUUACCUUAACUUAUACAGUUAUAUUUAGUCUUCAUGAAAGUAUUCUUAUGGAUUUGGAAGACACUGCAGAAACCUGCAAACGCAAAAUGAUUGCAGCGGAAACUCUGAUUGCAGGUUUGCAGGGAGAGAAAGAAAGAUGGACAGAAGAUAGUAAACGUUUUCAGAGUCAGAUCAAUAGACUUGUUGGCGAUGCUCUUUUGUUGACUGGUUUUCUAUCUUAUGCUGGCCCCUUUAAUCAAGAAUUCCGCAAUAUUCUUCUAAAUUUCUGGCAGCUUGAUAACAGAAAAAUUCCGUACACUGAAGAUCUAAGUAUAAUUAAUUCAUUAACUGAUGCACCCACGAUUGCUGAUUGGGGAGUUCAGGGUUUGCCCAAUGAUGAACUUUCUCUUCAAAAUGGCAUAAUAGUUACUAAAUCUGAAAGAUAUCCAUUACUUAUUGAUCCCCAAGGUCAAGGCAAGGCAUGGAUUGUUAAAAAAGAAACAAAAAACGGCUUAAUAGUUUCAAACUUAAAUCACAAAUUCUUCCGUCAGUUUUUUGAAGAUUCUUUGUCACAAGGACUUCCUUUAUUAAUUGAAGAUGUUGGAGAAGAACUCGAUCCAGUCUUAGAUAAUGUUCUUGAUAAAAACUUUGUAAAGUCUGGCAGUAUACUUAAAGUAAAAAUAGGUGACAAAGAUGUUGAUUUUUUAAAAUCUUUUAAACUUUAUAUUACAACAAAGCUUCCUAAUCCAACAUAUGCUCCUGAGGUGUCAGCUCGAACUUCUGUUAUUGAUUUUACUGUCACUAUGAAAGGUCUUGAAGAUCAACUCCUCGGCCGUGUUAUUUUAGCAGAGAAACAAGAAUUAGAAGCAGAAAGAGUUGCACUGAUGGAAAAUGUUGCUUCAAACAAAAGAAAAACAAAGGAAUUAGAAGAUAAUUUACUUCACAAGCUUGCUACAACUGAAGGUUCUUUAGUUGACGAUGAAUCUCUUAUCGAAGUACUAAAAACUACUAAAGAAACAGCUGCAGAUGUAGCUAAACAAUUAGAUAUUGCAGAUACCACAAAUAAAAUGAUUAAUACAGCAAGAGAAGAAUACAGACCUGUUGCUUCAAGAGGAAGUAUUCUGUACUUUCUUAUCUGUGAUAUGGCAAUGGUGAAUGUUAUGUAUCAAACUUCAUUAGUGCAGUUUUUGGGUAUUUUUGACAUAUCCCUUGAAAGGUCAGAAAAGUCUCCCAGAGCCAAUUUACGUAUUGAAAAUAUCAUUCAUUAUCUUACUUUUGAAGUUUUCAAGUAUACUUGUCGUGGCCUUUAUGAAACUCAUAAAUUUCUUUUCACAUUACUUCUGACUAUAAAAAUUGAUUUAGCUGAAGGGAAGAUAACUCAUCAAGAGUUUGAAACACUUAUUAAAGGUGGAGCAGCUCUAGAUCUGAAAGCAGUAGAGCCUAAAACAUGUCGUUGGGUAACUGAUAUGACAUGGUUAAAUUUAGCAGCUCUUCUAAAAUUAGAUUACUUCAGAGAAUUACUCAUUAAAGUAAAGCGCAGCGAAAAACAUUGGAAAAUUUGGUAUGAAAAAGAUGCUCCUGAAGAAGAACUUCUGCCUGAUGGUUAUGAUGUUCUUAAUUCAUUUAGAAAAUUGUUGCUUAUUCGAUCUUGGUGUCCUGAUCGUACACUUACUCAAGCAAGAAAAUAUGUUGCUGAUUCCAUGGGCCAGCAUUAUGCUGAUCCUGUAAUUUUAAAUAUGGAGGCUAUGUGGGAAGAGAGCAAUCCUUGCUGCCCUUUGAUAUGCCUUUUAACCAUGGGAUCUGAUCCCACUCAACAAAUUGAAUCUUUAGCGAAGCAAAAAGGAUUAACAUUUGGUGCAAUAUCAAUGGGACAAGGGCAGGAAGUCCAUGCUAGGAAACUUAUGAAUCAAAACAUUGAUGAGGGUGGCUGGAUGUUGCUACAGAAUUGUCAUUUAGGUUUGGAUUUCAUGGAUGAGCUCCUUGACAAACUGCUAACUGUUGAAAAAAUCCAUGAUACUUUUAGGUGUUGGAUCACCACCGAAGUUCAUGAAAGGUUUCCUAUUUCUUUGCUGCAAGCUUCUAUAAAGUUUACAAAUGAACCUCCUCAAGGAAUGAGAGCAGGGCUCAAAAGAACAUAUUCAACUGUAACUCAGAAGCAACUAGAAGUAAUAUCAUACCAUCAAUGGCAGCCUAUGCUGUAUGCUGUUUCAUUUAUGCAUAGUGUUGUUCAGGAGAGAAGAAAAUUUGGGCCUUUGGGUUGGAAUAUUCCAUAUGAGUUUAACACUGCAGACUGGAGUGCAAGUGUCCAAUUUAUUGAAAAUCACUUAGACGAUAUGAAUCCUAAAGUUGGCAUUUCCUGGCUGACUGUUCGAUAUAUGCUUGGUGAAGUUCAGUAUGGCGGAAGAGUAACAGAUGAUUAUGAUAAAAGACUCCUGAACACAUUUGCUACGGUGUGGUUUGGUGAGCAUAUGUUUCAAGAUACAUUUGCAUUUUAUGAAGGCUAUGGGAUACCAAAAUGCACUACUAUUGAGCAGUAUAUGGAUUAUAUUGACAAUUUACCAGCUACUGACACACCUCAAGUUUUUGGAUUACAUCCUAAUGCUGAUAUCACAUAUCAAAGUAACACUACGAAAGAAGUGCUUGAGACAAUUCUAAGCAUCCAACCUAAAGAUACAGGUGGCGGAGUUGGAGAAACUAGAGAAGCUGUUGUUUAUCGCAUGGCUGAAGACAUGAUGUCAAAGCUACCAAAAAAUUAUUCACCUCAUGAGGUCAAGGAAAGAAUUAAAGCAAUGGGAGACCCUGCAGCUCCAAUGAAUAUAUUUUUAAAACAAGAAAUUGACAGAAUGCAGCGUGUGAUCACUAAUGUUAGGUCAACACUGACAGAUCUAGAAUUAGCUAUUGAUGGGACCAUUGUUAUGAAUGAGAUAUUACGAGAUGCCCUGGACAGUAUUUAUGAUGCACGUGUACCACAUACAUGGCAAAAAGUUUCUUGGGAUUCAAGUUCCCUGGGGUUUUGGUUCACAGAAUUGCUUGAAAGAAACACUCAGUUUUCUAACUGGAUAUUUAAAGGCAGACCUAGUUCUUUUUGGAUGACAGGAUUUUUUAAUCCACAAGGUUUUUUAACAGCUAUGAGACAAGAAGUAAGCAGGGCUCAUAAAGGAUGGGCUUUAGAUGUUGUCACAUUGUGUAACGAUGUCACUCAGCUUACACGAGAGUCAACAAAGGAUCCACCUAAAGAAGGUGUUUAUGUUUAUGGUCUUUAUCUUGAAGGUGCAUCAUGGGAUAAGAAAAACAGUAUACUAGUUGAACCUCAACCUAAAGUAUUAUUCACAGCUUUACCUGUUGUGCAUGUGUAUGCUACAGAUUCAACUGAUCCUAAAGACCCAACAUUGUAUCAGUGUCCAGUCUACAAAAAACCAAGGCGAACUGAUCUCACUUAUAUUACUCCUCUGUGGUUAAAAACUGUUCUGAACCCAAACCAUUGGAUUCUGCGUGGUGUUGCUUUACUUUGUGAUAUAAAAUAGCAUUUAUGGCCAGAAUUCUGUCACUAAAUUUUGACUUCUUUUCCUUAAUAUGCACCAGAAAGGAUAUUGUUUAAAGUGUGAAGAAAUUUUUUUUAGCUUCAAAAAAAAGUUUAUGAAAUGAUAUUGUUUUAUGUAACAAAAUAAAUUUUUGUUUUAAGAACAUUAA